AUGGACGUCACCAAGGAGCGCAUUUACUGCGCCGAGCAAAUCAAGGUCCCAGAUGACCUGCCUAACAUCAUGAAGGGUAUAGAACGAAAUUUCUUUUGCAGCUUUCUAGUCGAAAAACGUGAUGAAAGUGCAUGAUUCUAACUACCUUUACUUUCAUCUGACAGUCGUGGCAAUAUUACUCUUCUUAAAUGUUGAUCUUCAACAAAAACACAGACUACACCAAGGAGCUGAUCAAGAGCAACCCGGUGGGCUAUGAGUCGAGAAUGAGACGUUACCUGCGUACAGUUGUUUCACAUUGAUUUUCAUGCAUGCUUGUAUGACCGAACCCGAACCCGAUGAUAAAAGAUGCCGAGGUUGAUGUUCUUGCUCUGCCAGGACCAGGAGCAGGAGCAGGACCACACUACAAUACUUAUCUAUGAGCAAGACCAAGACAAAUGUGAAACUACAGUUGGUAAAGCUUUUUUCUCCCGCAUACGAAGGGGGAGACCGGAGACGUUGCCAAGAAGAAGAUCUACGAGUGGAGUCUUGAGUAUAGUUUUAAACACGAUUGAUAAAAAUUCUUCGCACGAGCGACGAUGUUGGACUUCUGAUGUCGGCAUAAUCUUCGCAAGCUGGACAAUUUUUGUUAUGCGUAAACGCAAAACUUACGAAUCCAAUCCUGUCUAGGUACUUCAAGAAGAAGCUCGGUGAGAAGCCUAUCGUGCCGUAAGCGGCACCAUGAUACCAGCCAAGAGGAUGGCGUCAGAAAGCAGGAUGAAAACAGGACGACAAGAACGGCGACAAAACGCUGUAGAAGAGGGUGCGCAGUGUAUUUGGCGUAGCGGCGAGGAGACGGGACUGAGAGUAAGCACGACGUGCCGAGAGUUAGGAACAGAGCAGAUGAAAGUACGAUGACGACAAAAAACUGCUUAGCGGCGACACGUGUCGUUCUUGAUGGUUUCUCUCUAACAUGAUUUCCUAGCCUAGAUUCGUCUUCUUGUUGUGCUAUGGUCAGUUGUCGUCCAGAAUAAGAAUUGCCAUUGCUUUAUUACAAUAUUGACUUGAGAAGUACUCCGUGUCCGUACGCAAAAGACCAAAAGUCAGAGGGCUCUCUCUUCUAGAAAAGUUCGAUGGAGCUUGACGUCACCCAGAUGAAUGUUGUGUUACCAUUUCUUGUUGCAAAACAGAACUGCUGUGAUUAGUUUGGAAGAAAAUUAAGUAUUUUAAAGAAAAAUUGUCACCGCCAGUGACGAUAAAAUAAGGGAAACCGGGUUUGCCGGGAAGCUAGUGGACGGUCGACGACAAGAAACGCGUUUUGACGGCACAAAAAGAUUGUUCACGUGUUUGAAGUGGUUUCACCUAUUGAGG